AACAGAGCUGUUGUGAAGCCCAACUGGCCUGAGAUUUUCUCUGGAGAGACGAUCACUCUCACAUGUGGAAUAAAGGAGGGAGGAGGCUCUGAGUGGGAGUAUGAAUGGAGAACACCUGACUAUUACACACCUCAAAACCCAAGAGGCUCCAUGAUGACAUCAUCAGUCAGAGGAGACUACAGGUGUAAGGGCAGACUGAAAGAUGAAGCCUCUACAACAGAAUGGAGUGAUGCUUUCACAUUAAAGACAUCAGAUGUCCCUCAGUCUGUCCUCACAGUGUCUCCAUCAUGGACGAGUCCUGGAGACUCAGUGACUCUGACCUGCAGUGUUGGACCUCCGUCUGCAGGAUGGAGGUUCUUCUGGUAUAAGGCUGUUCCAGUGUCAUACUCCUACACCUAUGAUCUUCUAGCUGGUAGCACCACUGGGACUGAACAGGGUUCCUACGUUCUUCAUGGACAGACACACACAGCAGGAUAUGUGUGCAGAGCUGGAAGAGGAGAUCCUGUCAUUUACACUCUAUAUAGUGAUGUGAAGUUUGUCUGGUCUGGAGGUGAGUUUGUUCACACUUUUAUAUUCUUGCACAAGAGAAUAAAUGUCCUUUUUGUGUUGACAUUGUUUGUCCUGUGUGUGUCUCCUAAUGAUGUGUCUUCAGCUGUGAAUCCAGCAGCGUCUCUCACAGUGAGUCCUCACAGACUGCAGCACUUCAGCACAGAGUCACUGUCACUGAGCUGUGAGGGAACCUCUACUGAGUGGAGAGUGAUGAAGGCUGAUGGAUCUGGCUUCAUGUCAUCUUGUUCUAACUGGGGAGCAAUGACUGGAUCCACAUGCAACACCAGCACUAGAGCGAGUAGUGGAGUGUACUGGUGUGAGUCUGAAACACAGUACAGCAAUGCAGCCAACAUCACUAUACACAGAGGUGAUGUCAUCCUGGUGAGUUCUGUCCAUCCUGUGACUGAGGGACAUUCGGUCUCUCUUGGCUGCAAGUUGAGGACAAAAGAACUUCUUGAUGAUGUGGAUUUCUAUAAAGAUGACAAACUCCUCCCAAAUGCUGUCAGAGGGAAGCUGUUUAUCUCUGCAGUUAAUAAGUCACAUGAAGGCUUUUAUAAAUGUAAAGGAAGGAAAUCACCUCAAGGUUUGGAGACUUUGACCUCAGCAGAGAGCUGGUUGUCAGUGGAAUAUCCUGAAGAAGCAGCAUCAAGCUCUGUGUUUCUCGUGAUGUUGGUUGUUGUUCUGGUUUCUGGAGUUUUACUGAUUCUUCUCCUGCUGAUGUUUCUGUGUCGCUACAGAAAGUCAAAAGCUUCAAGCCUCAGCAGGUCUCAGAGGACCAAUCAGAGCCCAGCUACAGACCACAUGAUCAACCAGGGUGAAACUGAAGACGGACAUUAUGCUUCUCUUCUUCAUGGUGAUUCUUGUCUCUAUGAAACACUCAGAGGCUCUGAAGAACGUAAACAAGGGACGAAUGAUGAACCAGAGGAGAGCGAUUACUCAAAUGUGACGAGAUAAACAGCUGCAGGUACUUCAAGUACAACGGACCAUGUAGUACAAUAUGAAUAAAACAUCUGCAUGGACAGAACCAGGGGAGCAGAUGAUGACAUGAAAAACCACAUCUUUGUCUCUUUGAGUAAUUAUUGUGUAACUUCUUCUUUCCUGAUAUGAGACAGUAUUUUGUAGUUAAUGAGCAGAUCUUUCAAAGGCUUUACUUGGUGAAAAGAGUCUUAUUACAUGUAUACUUAUUCAAAUGUUGGUAUUGAGUGUUUUUUUUCCUCAGUUACUUUGUUUUUUUAAAGCUUUUGUAGAAAACUUUGACUGGAGGCUGGUUUGAAAAGCAGAAAAAAGCUGUUUGACGUCUUUGAGCUUCAGUGCGUUGGUGAUAUUAUUCAAUAUGAAGUCAUCUUCUUCUUUACUUCUGAUAAAAGAAAGCUUUACGCAUUUAUUAAAUUUUAAUCUGCUAUUGAACAAAAUAUUUAUGUUCAUUUUUGUACUUUUUAAAAUGUUUAACAGGUGAUGUUUGUAUUUUAUCUUCACCUGGAUGUGUUUAAUACAUUUUGUAAUGUUUCAUCAUUUUUUGCCUUAAUAAACCUGCAGC